CAGCGACAAGCAUAUAAUGCAAUAGACUGAACUGAUUAAAAAAAACAAAAAGGAAUUAAAAAAUUGUUCAUCUCAUUUCUGCAUCACACUUGAUCAGAUUCAUAUUAUCCUACCAAUCCAUUCAUUUUCCCAAAAUGAAUUGCCUUCAGAAUCUUCCCAGAUCCUCUGGUUUACCACUGAGAAGCUUCACAGGCAAUUCAAGAAAGCCUUCUCCCAGUGUUGUUUCACUGGGGAUGACAAAAUUUGCUGAUCAGCGUCUAAGUAUUGUGGCACAGGUAGUAUCUGGUCCUGAAUCUAGUACAGCAAAGGACAAGGAUGCGGGAAAAUCUGAUACAUACAGUCAUGACAUGACUGCAGCUAUGGGAGCUGUCUUAACCUAUAGGCAUGAGUUAGGAAUGAACUACAACUUCAUCCGUCCAGAUUUGAUUGUUGGUUCAUGUCUACAGACUCCUGAGGAUGUGGACAAGCUUCGCAGUAUUGGAGUUAAAACUAUUUUUUGCUUGCAACAAAAUCCAGAUCUCGAAUAUUUUGGGGUUGAUAUAGAUGCAAUUCGUGAAUAUGCCAACAAAUGUGGUGAUAUUGAACACUUGCGUGCCGAAAUAAGGGAUUUUGAUGCAUUUGAUUUGAGAUUGAGGCUUCCAGCUGUAAUAAGAAAACUGAACAAUGCCAUCAAUAGAAAUGGGGGUGUGACUUACAUACACUGCACAGCUGGACUUGGCAGAGCUCCUGCAGUUGCGUUGACAUAUAUGUUCUGGGUUCAAUGCUAUAAGCUUACUGACGCUUUCAGUUUACUCAUGAGCAAACGUCCCUGCUUUCCGAAACUAGAUGCCAUCAAAAGUGCCACAGCAGACAUCCUUACAGGCCUUAAAAAGACGCCUGUCACGUUGACAUGGCGUGGUGAUAAUUGUACUACAGUGGAAUUAUCUGGACUUGAUAUUGGCUGGUGGCAGAGAAUACCGUUAAAAUUUGACAAGGAACGAGCUUUGUGGACUCUCCAGAGGGAGUUGCCAGAAGGACACUAUGAAUACAAGUACAUUGUUGACGGUGAAUGGAUAUGCAAUGAGCUUGAGCCGAUCACUUCUCCCAACAAAGAUGGAUAUGUCAACAAUUAUGUAGAGGUUCUUGAUGAAACUCCAGACAAAAUCGCUAGUGCAGCAAUACGGAAGAGGCUCUCCGGUGAUGACCCUGAUCUUAAUUCAUACGAAGGGCUCAUAAUCGGACAAUUUCUCGAAGCUUAUGCAGAUGUAGAAUGAAGGAAGUGAACGCACAGCAUACUUAUUACUUACAAUUAUAAGUGUAUAAUUGUAAACAAAGCCAAUAAUCUGCUAUAACUCAUGCAGUGUAAUUAGGAUGUACUUGUUUGUAGUAUCAAUAAGAGUUGUAUGAUACGUUUACAAGGAAUGAAAUGUUGUAGUGAAGUAACAAGCUCCUUCUUCUUCUU